UGAAUAAUGAAUUAGGCAUAAAUAUACAGAUGAUUGCUCGUGUAGUGGCAUCCACAAAGUACAUGGUCAAUUGUUAACUUUUUUAAUAUUUAUGCAGACUCAUCUGAAUGGCAACAUCCGUUAUCAAUACUACUACACCGGAACUUAAACAUUUCGUGGUCGAUCAAGGCCAUGGUGUGAAAGGUCUAGCAGAACUCAAGAUUAAAACUUUACCAGAAUUGUUCAUUCAGCCUCUUCAAAGAAGGCUUGAUAUGACCAAAGUGGUGCCCGAGUUGAUCCCUGUCAUCGACAUUUCAAAAUAUGAAGAUCCAGAGGUAGUGCAAUCUAUAUGUGAUGCAGCUAAGAACUGGGGAUUCUUUCAAAUUGUUAACCAUGGUGUGCCUGUUAGUAUAAUCGAUAAUCUGAAGGAUGCAACACAUAAGUUUUUCGCAUUAUCAACAGACGAAAAGAAGAAAUACUUGUUCCAGAAUAGUCCUACGAAAAAUGUUAGAUUCCUUACGAGUUUCAGACCCGAAGUGGACAAAGCUUAUGAGUGGAAAGAUCACUUGAGUUGUUUCUAUGUUUCUGAUGAAGAAGCAUUGAAAUUUUGGCCCUCUGUUUGCAGGCAUCAGGUUCUUGAAUAUUUGAAGUCGUCUGAAAUACUUAUCAAAAGGCUAUUAGAAGUACUAAUGAAGGGAUUGGGCAUACCAAAGCUCGACAAAACAAAUGAAUCAUUUCUUAUGGGUUCAAAACGUAUAAACCUAAAUUACUAUCCCAUAUGUCCUAACCCUGAACUCACAAUUGGUGCUAGUAGUCAUUCAGAUGUUUCAACGUUAACUGUGCUUCUUCAAGAUGAAACUGGGGGACUUUAUGUUCGAAAACUUGAUACUGAUAGUUGGGUCCAUGUUCCUCCUGUUAAGGGUUCGUUGACCAUUAACAUUGGGGAUGCUCUUCAAAUCAUGAGCAAUGGUCGAUACAAGAGUGUAGAGCAUCAAGUUGUUGCUAACGCGAAUGAAAACCGAAUUUCGGUACCGAUUUUUGUGAACCCAAGGCCAAGUGAUGUCAUCGGCCCGUUGCCGGAAGUGAUCAACGCAGGGGAAAAGGCUUUGUAUAAGCAAGUUCUAUAUUCAGAUUAUGUGAAGCAUUUUUUUAGGAAAUCGGUGAAUGGGAAAGAUACUGUUGAGUUUGUUAAGGUUUGAUUAUGUGCUUGAAAAAGAAGAUGGAAAUUCGAAAUUUAUGUGAAACAAUAAUGUACCCAUAGUCUAAGUUCUUCAAAUGUAUCUCAAGGCUCUGGAAGUUUGAUAGGACCCAAU